UGUGGUCGCCGAAAGCGGGGAGUCUUUGUUUGGCUGUCACGGUGCAUGCACAUGUUCCCGUGACUUGAAUUCGUUACUAGUUUGAACUACACAUAUGUUAGUCUGAUACGUACUGGCUCCGGCGGUAAUCGAGUCAGAUUUAGUCUGUGCCAUUUGACUUAUUUAAUCAUCUAAUUAAAUGAGUAAAUAAUUAACAAUUUAUCGUCGAAAACACGGUGCUCGGUUUAUUUCUGUGAAUAUUACUGGAGCCACGGAUCAAGAAGAAGAGGAGGAGAAGGUCGCUGAGCAAGUGUGCUCUUUUGAGGUUAUGUCCUCCCCCCCCAUUGACCGGUAUUUCGGGCAGACUUAGAUUUUGGAUCAAUCUUUGUUUACAACAUAUCGAAUCCGGUAUACAAAAUCGUUCGUGCUAUACGCCAGGAGUAGCUGCAAUUAGCGAGAAAUAAUGGAAACAUGCGAAAAGAAGAAAACCUGGACGGACGAGGAGCGUUCAAAGCUCGCUGCUCAAUUGGAUGCCGAAUUGAGCGAGUAUAUGAAAAAUCUUGAAAAAAAGGAAUACACGGAAGGAUGGCCGGAGGACAGAUGGCAAGAGGAAAUGGAGAAGCACCCUUUCUUCAUGAAGAAGGCACCCGAACCCGGCGAUGAGCUAUCUCCGUUGAUGGAGGGGCUGCAACAGCUGAAGUAUGGAGAAGACGAGAAUACUCCCGAAGAACUGGCGAAUAAUUACAAAGAUGAUGGGAACUUCAACUUUAAGUACAAAAAGUAUCACCUUGCGAUUUUUAGUUAUACAGAAGGGAUAAAAACCAAAUGCAAUGAUAAGGAAUUGAUGGCUCAGUUAUAUAAUAACAGAGCAGCAGCACAUUUCAUGCUGAAAAAUUAUAGAUCAAGUUUGAAUGAUUGUAAGCUGGCCUUAAACUUGAAACAUGAAUACCCGAAAGCAUUAAACCGUGCCGCUACUUGUAGUUUUCACAUUAGAAAUUACGGUGAAUGUAUUGAAUUAUGCGACAGGCUUCUCCAUCAGACGCCAACUAACAGAGAAAUCUUAAAAUUGAGAAAUGAUGCUGUGAUUGCAAAAGGACGUUUAGAAAGAGAUCAAAGGAAGCAAGCAAAGUUAGAAAAAGCGUUGGACAAAGAGGGCAAGAAAUUAUUGGAAGCAAUUUCGAAAAGAAGCAUCACUAUUCUGGCAAGAAAGAAACAACAUAAGUUAGAAUUAAGCGAUCUGGAACAUGAAAACUCAAACAUACAAAGAGUGCAGUUGGACGAGAACAAUAGAUUGUUGUGGCCAGUGUUGAUUUCGUAUCCAGAGAGAAUGCAAUGUGACCUUGUGAACAAAUUUCACGAAGACACGCCAUUAAUGGAACAAUUAAUCGAAAUAUUCAAACCCCUCGAAUGGGAUAAGGAGCGGAAAUAUAUUAUCGGGAAUGUAAACGUAUAUUUUGAAGGCAAUGAGGAGCCACCUGUCAUCCAUGCGGUAGACAUACGAUUAACGUUGGGCGAAAUAUUGCAAGACGAACGAUUCGUAGUCAGGAACGGCGCGCCAAUGUUCUUUAUAUUGGUUAAAUCCAGCCAAGUGGAGGAACACUUUCUCAGAGAAUGCGUUAAUUAAGUUCCCACGGUUACGUUGUACACGCUAUUUCCUCGUACACGCUGUAUACAUUGUGUCAUUCGCGAAUAAAUUUUGUCAUUAUA